UUUUUUUACCCAGAAAUCUAAAUUAUACAAAACAGUUAAAUAAAUAAGAUCUGACAAAAAUAUUAUUUCGGAAAUACUUAUCUCCGUAAAUAUUCAUUAUUUAUCCCCAGUUCAUUUCUAAUGGGAACAGUAUUGCUAAAAAUAAAAUUCAUCGUGAGUAAAUCAAAUACUUAAUGUGAUUAGAUGAAGUUUUGAAUCAGUAGUUUGAACACUUAACCUUCAAUAGUCAAGUUGAAAUCUGGAAAAUCAAGCCAUCUCACUCAAUUGCUUCAUCGAAAUCACUACUGUUUCAAGAGAGACAUAUGACCAAAUAAACGCAACCAAUGUAUAAUUUUUUCAAUAAUCGUACUAUACUGAACUUCGCUUUUCGACCAAAGAUUACGAAAUAUACGUAUUCAAAAAUCAAUUCACGUAUUUGUCAUAUUUAAUUCUCCUAUUCAUCAACACGAUUUAAGUCGAUGAUUAAAUACGAGGAUUGGCGAUAUACAUCUUUCGAUAACAAGCAGAAACGAUCGAACAGGAAUCGGAUAUGGAGCCACUAAAUAACAAUGUGUUUACUAAUAAGUAUUAGCUGGCAUGGUAUACAAUGCUGACUAACAUCCUAAAGUUACAAUAAUUGUGAGUGAUAAAUAAAUAUGUAUACAAACAGUUCGCUCCAAAAUGAUAAAAGAGAUAUGUGUGGAUGCAAAAGCAACAAACAUCUUUCUUUUGAUAAGAAUUCUAAACAAAAUUCGCUCGAGUCUUCUUUACCGAUACAAUUGGAUCAUGUUGAUCAGUAUUAUUAUGAAUUAAUGAAAUUGUAUUCAACAUCAAAAAAUUGUGGUGAAAACUCUAAAACCUCUGAUUUUUAUCGCCAGAAACCACUUACUACUACAUUUAUAAGUAGUUCAAAUUAUUCAGCGGAAUUUCAAAAUUCAAAUCUACUCUGUUGUCUCUGUUGUAGUGAACAUGAUAUUGGUAAUCAUGAUAAAAAUAUUGUUGAUUAUUUAAGCAGUUGUUGUCAUUCACAGAAAUUACAACGUAUUAUACAUCAUCUAAUACUAAUUUUAUUAGGUAUUUCAAUAGUUUUGUCUAUAAUACUCUCUUUACUAGGUAUUUUUUUAAAUUAUCGAGCUUGUUUAACAGCUGGUUGUAUUCUAGGCAUAGCGAGUUUCGGUGCGUUAUUACAUAGUUGUUUAAGGCAUCGUGCAUUACCGAAUUCAUCAAUGCCAAUUAUAUUGGGCCAAUCAUAUAUGCAUCCUAUGGUGAAUAAUAUGCCAUUAUCAAUGAAUAAACUUUAUAGAAAACAUCAACAAUUUCCUCAGAGACACCGACAAUUGUUAAAUUACGAUUAUUCAAAGAAAGAUUCAAUCAAACAUUCAUAUUUUGCACCCAGAGAUGGUUAUUAUACUGACAACCAGAAUUAUAAUAAUUUUAAGAAUAAUCAUGGUAAAAAUAUUCCAAUAAUAAGUAAAAGAAAUCUAGAUAAAUUAUGCCAUACUUAUCAAUUACAAACUACCACUGAUGUGGAGUAUAAUCAUUCAGGUAACAAAAGAAAUGUAGAAUGUUCAAGUGAUUCAUCAUCACUACCAUCAAUAACAUUGUCAGUAACAACUGUGUCAGGAGACGUAGUGGCGACGACAUCAGUAGCAAUAACAACACCAACAACAACAAAAAACACAGUAAUCUCGUCACAAAAACGCUAUGAUGAUAAUGAUAGCAAUGAACAAAACAAAUAUCUACACAAGAAUCCAUCGAAGUGUGAUGAUAACAAAUCACCAACUUUUAUCGAAUGUGAAAUUUGUCGACCCAAUUCAUCACAUCCCACGGAUUACGAGUAUCAAAACACUCAUUUUCUCCUAGUUCAGAACACUACAGCUGUGUGAACCCAAAACUUUACGCGAGACUGAGCUCAAAACGUUCAACUAUCAUAACAAUCACGAUGUCAUUAGACCAUGUCGUUUCACUUGGAGAAAUACUAAGAAAUCAAUAACAGAACGACGUAAUCUGCAAAAAAUGAUAAUUGGAUUUUUAUGACCGAAAUUCAUUGAUGCUUUAUUAAUUUCAUUUCGACUCAAGAAAAAUUUGUUACUGCGCAUAAGGAAAUCAUAUGGCUUAUGCUCAUUCAAACAAUUUAGUCAGUGAAUCAAUGAACUAUGUACCAAGAUCCUCUUCACCAUGUUCUUCAAUUAAAGCUUCUAAUGUACAACGAUCACAGUUCACGUAUUCUGAUUCAUGUGAUUUAAGUUUAUCAUCAGAAAUCAAAGCAGAAUCACAAGAUCAAAUCAAACAUAUGAGUCCCAUUCAACAAAACACAUUUACUCAUAUACAACCAAAUUCUUUAAAUUCAUGUGACAUUGAAGCUGAUAAACAGUUUCAUCCAUAUUAUUCUGGAAAUCCAUUAUUUGAUGGCAAAUCAAAUCUUUUCAGUCGUAAUGAACAGCAAAAACAUUUAAACUCUUUUAUGAUUUAUCCGAAGUCUAAAUCAAGAAAUAAAAUAAUUUUAAGAAACUAUUUAAAUUUAUUGGAUGGAUUAUAUCGUCAUGUAAAUCAUUCACAGGGACCAAACUAUUCCAGUGAUCGUUUUAAUGAAGAAUACAACAAUGAUAUAUUUGAUCCACGUGUAUGGCUAAGUUAGAAUAACUGGAUAGAUAAAUAAUGGAACUACUUUCUUAGCAUCAUUAUACGUGUAUCCAUCAAUGUAAUGUAAUGACGAACUAGUUAAAAGAUAUGUAGUGAAUUGAACUUAGUUGAAGAAUUAUUAGAAGCUGGACCAGAGAUACUAGGUGAUUGUUGUCUUGCAUACGCAGUAUCUCAUCAGUGUAUGCACACAUUUUGUCUAACUUGGUAUGCAUCUCUAUAUUGUUUAAGCUCACAUUACCACUGAAUCGUUGGUCUGUAUUACUUGAGAGACGUUCGUUAUGAUCCAACGGUCGUUUGAAGUAAUCCCGUAUACCAAUUUGUGUUUAGCUUUCUAGUUCACAAUCAACUUCCUAGAAUAGUUGAUUGAAGAAUAAAAAUUAUUCGUAAUAUAUCUUCAAAGAUCAUCUGAUUUUACUGAUUACAAACUUUAUUCCAACUACAACAGCAUAACUUUCAGGAUUGCUAUUUAGACUAUGGUGUCUAUUUUAACAAAACUUUUCCUAUCAAUUUUCAUUUCUACUGAAAUAUAAUCCGAACCUAUUUUUUUUCUUGAUAACUUUUUGCAAAAAUACUUUUCGUUUGUAAGAUUUAUGUAUAUAACUAAAAUAGAGAUGUAAAUAGAUUUUCCACGUUUAUUUAAAUAAUUGGAUGUCAGACAGGGAAACAGUAGUAAUAACCUAGUUACAUGGUUACAAUGAGAAGUUCUAUACACAAACUAUAAUCUAUUGCAACAAAUAUAUCUACGAUGCAUAAUUUAUUCAUAAUUCUGAGAAAUUCGCAGC